GUCCUCUUUUCCCGCCUCUAAGAUCAAAGAGCUGCGUCGAAGGGGCUAGAGCGGCCGUGUUCCGGAUUCCUGCCCUAGGCCCCUCCUCCUCCCCCUGCGAGCCGCCGCCCGCCCCUUGCCGGCUCCUAUAAAAGGCAGCUCGUUGACGUCAGCGUCCUCUUCCGCCCGCUCGGCCCCUGCCAACGAGACAGGGCUACCCGAGCCGCCGCCAUUGUUGCCGGCCUUUCUUUUUCCCCCCUGCCCCUUCUGAAGCGCCUCCGGAGAAUCCGGCGCCAUCCGCCAACAUGGUGAGGCAUCGGAGGCUGGGGUUGGGCUGAGGGGGAGCGGGGGGCCUGGGGCGAAAUGCGGGGCCGGGUAAGGCCGCGGGGGAAGCGCGGCUUAGGCUCCGGGGAGGCCGCCGGGCCUGCUGUGGGGUCGGAGGCCUACGGAGAGGGAGCGGGGCCGGGAGCGAGAAGAGGCCCAGGCCUAGAAGAGGCCUGGAAAGGAAGCAGAUAAGCUAAAAGGGCGAACCAAAACUAAAGCGGCUCUGUUAUAUACUGUAAAACCUGCUAAUGUUGUGGCCGGGGAAUUUGGGGUGAAAAGAGGGGCACUAAUAAUAAAAUAAUUAAAAUUAAAAAUAGGGGGCUCCUGAGCUUUGAGCUGGUCCUUAAUAACGUGGGUGGGAGAGGGCUCCCCCCAAAAAACCCCGCGUUGCUUUCCCAUGUUAGUCCUACUCGAGAGUAGGCUCAUUAAACUGAUAGGUAACUCGGGGCCCUUCAAUUUCAGAUAGGUUCCACUUAGGUGGAUACAAACCUCUUUUUAAAAUAACCGUUUAAGGUAGCAUUUAUUUAUUUCUAUACUCGCUGUUUUAUUUUUUAAAAGGGUUCCCCUUUAUUUUUCCUCCCCCUUGUUUUUGCGGCAGAAUAAGCCUAACCCCCCCUUCUCAAAUACAAAAAGAAUUUUGGAUUGGAGGAUAUGCUAGGGCAAAUAGAUGGAUUUCAUUUUUACAUCUCCUUCGCAAUGCGUGCUUAAUGUAUGUAGUAUGUACACAUCCAUGUCAAGGGUCCUAACUCCCUAUAUUCCUAAAAUCUGUGUUGGGUGGGCUUGAGCCUCGCCAUGGCCUCAGCCUAACCUCACAGCGUUUUUAGGAUAAAAAAGUGGAAAAGGAGAGGGUCACGUACAUAACCCUCAGUUCCCGGGAGGAAAGGUGGGGUUUAAAUGUAAUAACAAGAAAUUAAUGGAUGGAAGGGGGUCACGGGAUGACAUAUUCAAGCCGUGGUGAGUUCUGUGUACGUUUGAAGAUAGGGGUGACUUCUUUUUGGGGAGCUACCAAAUAAGGGGAGAAUAGAUCUGGGAAUCACAGUGAAAACUAAAGAAUCCCAGAGCUCUGUAUGCAUCAGAAUAUAUUUGGUUGGCAGGUAAAAAUAUCUGUUGCGGGGGGAGACGUGAAAUGAUGUGGCAGAGUAUGAGGAAGAAUGCCAGGAUGUUAUCUCGGCCAAAGGGAGGUACUGCAACGUGCAGAGUGGAAAUUGUAUUUUCACUCUCUUUCUCUUCCCUGCGUUAAAGCAGCCGUCUUAUGUAAGCCCUGCGGUCUUUGGCGGGGAGGAGACGCCUAGAGACUUCGGAAUUAGAUUUUCUCCCGUCCCUAAAGCCCUGUACGCGGGUGAUUCGUGCUGAAACGAUCUGUUCACCCAAACUAGAGUUCUGCGGGUGCUGUUUUAGGAACUGCGACGGGUGGUUUUGUUUCAACCAGACUCCAUAGUUCAGAGUACAAGAGGGCGUGGAGGCGAUCCCCAGUACAACUUGAAAGAUUUUGUGUGCCUUUUUUUUCUUUUUAAGCCCAUGGAGAACAUGUUUGUGGACUUGUGUGUGUCUUUUUAAAUGUAUCUACAGGCCUUCAUGUUUGCCUUCUAAUGUCCUUGGAAAAAAUUGUGUUUGUUCUGUAAUAGCAGAAUUGGCACACAGAGGGGCCGGCGUGACUCAGUGAAGUUACGUACUUUAUUAUACCAGGUCAAGCUGCUGAUUCAUCUAGUCCAGUAUUGUCUACUCUGACUGAGGAUAAUAAAAGGGCAGUUCUUUCUAGUUUGGGAUAGGCUGGGCAUUCUGGGAUGGAAGGCAGAUUAGUGCUUCGCCCACCCUGAUGCUUUGCAACAAAACGGUUCAUUGCUAGGCUCCUUUCAGAGCUGCUACAGCUUGGCAACGAGAAACACGUGCACAACGCCUUUCCCUCUUGCCUUAUGAGAGAAACGGUCAUGCUUGCAACUGCAGCAAGCAGGAGGUUCAUUGGUAACAGGAGUUUGGGCAGAUCCACACCAUAUUAGACUUCUCCCAAAGAAUCCUAAGAGCUGUAGGUCACUAAUGGUUGUGAGAAUUGUACCUCUGCUGGAAGUUGUAGCUCUGUGAGCGGGGUGGAUUGCAGUUCACAAGAUUAUUUGAGGGAAGUCACGUGUGUUGGAUGCACUUUAAAUGUAUGGUGUGGGCCUGCCCUAAGCAGGAUCUGGAACCACAUGUUUCCAAGUUUGGAGGCAAAUUCCGUAGAGCAGUUAUAGCCAGCUUCCUAAUACAGUGAUACCUCGGGUUACAGACGCUUCAGGUUGUGUUUUUUGGGGUUGGGUUUUUGCGUUUUUUUGGGUUGGGUUGUGGACCGCCGAAACCCGGAAGUACUGGGACGGGUUUCUUCCGGGUUUCGGUGGUCGCGCAUGUGCAGAAGCGCCAAAUUGCAGCAUGCGCAUAGACGCCGCUGCGGGUUGAGAAUGUGCAUCCUGCACGGAUCACGUUUGCAACCCGAGUGUCCACUGUACAGAAUGACACCUCAGUGCUUCCUCUCCCUCUCUCUCUCCCCCUUUCAAUAAAGCAGUCCAGGAACGGCCUGUUCUCUGAAGCAGCCACAUUAACCUCCCUUCUGUUGCCCCAGGUGAACUUCACCGUAGACCAGAUCCGGGCCAUCAUGGACAAGAAGGCCAACAUCCGGAACAUGUCAGUGAUCGCCCAUGUGGAUCAUGGGAAAUCUACCCUCACAGACUCGCUGGUUUGCAAAGCUGGGAUUAUUGCCUCAGCCCGUGCGGGAGAAACCCGUUUCACCGACACGAGAAAAGAUGAGCAGGAGAGGUGCAUCACUAUCAAGUCCACGUAAGUCCUUUCCAGAGUCGCCCCCCCCCCCUUCUAUUCCUAAAACUUCCAGAAAAGGAAUCCCCAGCAGAAGGCUCAUUCAGGCAGGUUUCUUUCGGCUGGGGGAGAUUCAAAUAGGGGUUUAACUCACAUAGGAGGUUGGUGGUUUGCACCCACCCAAGGAUGGCUGUUGAGCAGAAUUCCUGCAUUUCAGCUCUGUGGGGGAGGGGGGAAUUACAUCAGUCAGCAAAGCCUGAGACUCUUAAUCUCUGGGUCAUGGUUUCAAGCCCCACAUUGGUUGAAGGAUUCCUGCAUUGCAGGAGGUUGGGCUAGAUGACCCUUGGGAUCCCUUCCAAUUCUAGAAUUCUGUGAUUCGAAAAGGUCUGAAAUUUUGCUGAUUUAUGCUGUAAGCAUCUCAAGCUGGCAGUGGAAAGGUAAAACUUGCCACCCCUGAUGUAAUUCAAGUACGUAUGCAUUAAUUCAGUGCUUUUGAAGACAAGCCAUAGGCCCUCGAUACGUGUAUAUUGUAUUUUAUUUGUCUUCUUUUAAUGUGUGUAAGCAACCUUGAGUCCCAGUUCAAGGAAAAGGCAGGAUUAUUAUUAUAAUUUUAUUAAAUUUGCAUUCUGCUCUGUAACCAUAGAUUUCAGGGCAGUUCGCAACAGUAAAAAACACAAAAUACAUAAUUAAAAUAAUGACAAUUCAGUAAUUCCCUUCCCUCUCCAACGCACUUUAAAAGGGCAUUGGAUGUCAAUUAGCCAAAGACCUGGUUAAAGAGGAACGUUUUUGCCUGGCGCCUAAAGCCAAACCUCCCUGAGGAGAGCCUGUUCCACAAAUGGGGAGCCACUUCUUGUAUUUUCCGUUCUUGUAUUUUCACCCUCCGGACCACUCAUGGAGGAGGCACGUGAAGAAGGGCCUUAGGGGGUUCUUGUGGUGAAACGGUAGUUUAACGGUUAGGAAUUUAUGCAUCUUCUUCCUCCAGGGCAAUUUCUCUCUUCUACGAGCUUGCGGAGAAUGAUUUGGCAUUUAUCAAGCAAAGCAAAGAUGGCUGUGGCUUCCUGAUCAAUUUGAUUGACUCCCCGGGCCAUGUGGAUUUCUCGUCGGAGGUCACUGCUGCCCUGCGUGUCACCGAUGGUGCCUUGGUCGUCGUGGAUUGUGUUUCUGGUGAGAUGUCCCCCUUUGCCUUGAGACCUAGAGCCAUGGUCCCUUGCUGUGGCCUCUCUCCGAAGGACCGUACGCCCCAUAGGCUGGAGAGGGAAGCAAGGGUGUCCAUAGGCUGAAUGAAGCCCCACCUUCGGCAUUAGGAAGUUUCGUAGGACGCAGCCCUAACCCCAAGUGCUCGUAGCCCCAUAGCGAUGACUUGAGCAUAGGCAUAUGGAAGGGAAGCAAGGGUGUCCAUAGGCAUAGAACUCCCCCCAAGUGCUCAUAGCCCCAUAGCGAUGACUUGAGCCUUUGUUUCCUCUUCCUCCUAGGGGUGUGCGUCCAAACAGAGACCGUUCUGCGCCAGGCCAUUGCUGAGAGGAUCAAGCCUGUCCUGAUGAUGAAUAAAAUGGACCGGGCUCUGCUGGAGCUUCAGCUUCAGCCAGAGGAACUGUACCAGACCUUCCAGCGCAUUGUGGAGAACGUGAACGUCAUCAUCUCCACUUACGGGGAAGGCGAGGGCGGCCCCAUGGGCAACAUUAUGGUAAGGCAGGCCGUGUCCCUGUGCAGUCUUGACCUUUCACCUCUGUGAGCAGCUGUAUCAUGCUCAGAGUCGACCUGUUGAAAUUGGGCCUGCUCCGACCGGCUUAAAUUAUUAUUAGUAAUCAAGUCACAUUUUUGUGCUCUGGUUUCUCAGAACAGCUUGUGCGGUGAGAAUAGAAAUGAAGUCCAUUAAAACCGGGCAUAUAAUGAGUGCUAAACACAAAUGAAAUACUCAAAAUGUACUUUUCACUUCCAAUUGCCCGUGAAAAUAAGUGAUUUUGCCUGGCACCCGUAGACAAGACAACAAAUGGUGUUCUUCCCUGAGGAGAGUGAUCCACAAACGGAUCCGCCGCUGAAAAGGUUGCCAACCUCUUUACAGUGGUGCCUCGCAAGACGAAAUUAAUCCGUUUCGCGAGUCUCUUCGUCUUGCGGUUUUGUCAACUUGCGAAGCACAGCUAUUAGCGGCUUAGCGGUUAUUAAUGGCUUAGCGGCUUUAAGAAAAAGGAAACAAACUCUCAAGAACUCGCAAGACGUUUCGUCUUGCGAAGCAAGCCCAUAGGGAAAUUCGUCUUGCGGAACGACUCAAAAAACGGAAAACUCUUUCGUCUAGCGAGUUUUUCGUCUUGCGGGGCACCACUGUAUCUCCCUUGAAAAGGGCCUCAGUGGUUGUACUCAGGAGUGUGAAUUGGACAUAACCCCUAUUGCAUGUCACAAAUGGUCGCUAGAACACAGUUACAUUGACAUUUGAGCACCUCGGUCUGUUCCAAAGCGCGACAGAAAAAUCAGUAUUGAUGUUUAAGCAUUAGAAUGCUUAGAAUCCUAGAAUUGUAGAGUGGGAAGGGAUCGCCUAGUUUAACUCCCUGCAACACAGGAAUCUCUCGCCCACAUGGGGCUCAAACCUUGAGAUAAAGAGAUCUUAUGCUCUACCAACUGAACAUGUUUUAUUUCUUCAAAACGCAUGCCACACAGGCAUUUAUUUUCAUUGCCUCUGUGGAAAGGUCAUAUGAAGUUAGCCCAAAUUUCUUAGAAUAGCCUCACUUUUAGGGAGUGCUGAAGUGAGCUUUCAUUCUGUAACUUGAAUAUGUAAUAAACAUUUUCAGAGUCUGUACCCUUCAUGGUUUGUUUUUUCCUCUUUGAGAACAGCUAAAAUAAUAAUGACGUAUUAAAAGACGAGCUUCCAGCCCGUCAGGAAGUUGACUCCUUAACUCCAUACCUUGAUGUGUUCUUCUCCUUGCCUUCCAGAUUGAUCCGGUUCUGGGCACCGUCGGCUUUGGCUCCGGCUUGCACGGCUGGGCUUUCACGCUGAAGCAAUUUGCCGAGAUGUACGUGGCGAAAUUUGCAGCAAAGGGCGAGGGGCAGCUGAGCACAGCUGACCGUGCCAAGAAAGUAGAAGACAUGAUGAAGAAGCUGUGGGGAGACAGGUGAGAGCAGCUUAGGCUUCUGGAGCUGGGGCUCUCCUUUAGAAUCCACUCUGCAGGUCGGAAUGCUGUCGGGAGAACACUUACAGCUGACCUCCCCGCAGACACGCAGGAUCAGAGCAAGCGCUUAAUCCUGAGACUAGUCCUGAAAAUUGUCCCCUAUUUGUUGACUUGGCUUGGCCACCAAGGGUCAGAUCCAGGCCAUACAUGUGAAGCAUGUAGCUUUCUCUAGAGAAUGGGGAUACAUAGCCCUCGAGACCCCACAGAUUUCAAGACAGUGUCAAUUUGCAGCACGCCAACUAGGCUCGGAGGACUGCAAAAGACACAGAGGAGGCUGACUGCUUUCGAGGGGGGCAAGUGAGGAAACGGCAGCCUGUCAAAGGCGUUGGGGGCCUCGGAACGUAGAAAUUUGGCUCUUCCAAAAGAUGGUCAUGCGGGCAGCUUCCAGGAGGCCACCCGCUUAGGUGGGUACUCUGAGAAGGUGGUAGGCAGGCCAGACACUGCAGAGCUGAAGCUCACAUGCCUUUUCGUCCCUAGGUACUUUGACCCAGCCACUGGCAAAUUCAGCAAGUCGGCCACCAGCCCAGAUGGGAAGAAGCUGCCAAGGACUUUCUGCCAGCUGAUCCUGGACCCGAUUUUCAAGGUGAUGUACUCCGCUCCCAGUUUUCCCUGUAGAGUUGCUCGGUUCUCUUUGUGGUCUGGCGUGAUCUGAGCAUGAUGAUGGAAAAAAAUUCUUCACUUUGACCUGACUUGUUAAGUUUGAAGAAGUUUUUGUAGGUCUGACCCAGACAGAGUUUGCCAAUCCACACUACAGAACCUCCUGAUAAAAUGUCUGAGAACCUCCCGGUCGUGCCUUAGUUUCUUUUGGCACCAGUAGAAGGGUUCUGUGUAAAGGUCCAGACUUGAGAGGGGUUUCCAACUCCUAAAGCACUUGGAAUAGGAAAGUAAAAAUGGUGGUUCUGGUUAAUUUUAUUUAUAGAAGUACAGUCGUACCUUGGAAGUUGAUCGGAAUCUGUUCCGGAAGUCCAUUUGACUUGCAAAACCAAAGUGCAGCUUCUGAUUGGCUGCAAGAAGCUCCUGCAGCCAGUCAGAUGUUCGGCUUCCAAAAAUAGUUCACAAACUGGAACACUUCCGGGGUCGCGGCAUUCGGGAGCCAAAACGAGAGCUAAGCUGUUCGAAAACCAAAGUACGACUGUACAGAUUCUGUUGUCCCACCAUAUAAGAAAAUAUCAAGGUAGUCUUAAUGAGUUAAAUUUUAAAAAUCGAGAUGGUUAUUAAGCUGACAAGCCAAUGAAAAUUAAGUAGCUGCGUAGGCCUGGUGUCAUAAUGUCUUGAAGAGACGCCUGAGAAAAAAACGAGGGUACUCGCUGGAAGAGUGUUCACCAGCAUGGGACUGGAUGCUUGACUUCUGUUUGUGGUCAUUUGAGCCUCUGUAAACGAGGGGGAACAAUGAACAGCUUUCCUCCGGAUGAUCUCAAUGAUCAAGUCUGGGAUAUGAAGGCUCUGGUGCCCGUUAAUGUAUCCCAGGACCUAGUUGUUCCGGUCUUUGUAUAUGAACAAAAGAACCUUGAAUCUGCUGUGGCAGCCUAUGCACAGACAGUGUAGAUAUUUUAGUUGCUGCUUUUUUUAAGCCAAAAGUCAGGGCAGCCAGCACAGUGUGAAAUACAAAUGGACUUGUGCCUUAGCUGUAUUGCCCUCGCCUGUUGGAAGGGAGCCUUAUGACCUGUUUUAAGUGUUCUGCCUUGCUUUGGGAAUAUUGCUACAGGAGACAUAACCCGCUGCUUCUGUGGGAGCUGCACCCACCCUAGCCUAACGUCUGUGCAAUUAUUUCUCCUUUGAAAGGUGUUCGAUGCGAUCAUGAACUUCAAGAAGGAGGAAACCGCCAAACUGAUAGAGAAGCUGGACAUAAAGCUGGACAGCGAGGAUAAAGACAAGGAGGGGAAACCCUUGCUGAAGGUGAGGGGGCAGGUGGCUCAUGCCCUAGGAAGGGUGGGGUGGGGGAGUAGAAGUUAAAAUCCCUGCUGGGGUAAGAAAGCCUUCAGUAGGCACCAGAGGAAGAAGCUCAGAGUUUUAGCACACAUGGAACACUUAAAACAAAUCCUUAUUUCCUGAUGAAUAGCCUUUGGACCAGGCACCCCCAAACUCAGCCCUCCAGCUGUUUUGGGACUACUCUCAUCAGACACAGAGGCAUACCAAAAAACGAACGUGUUUGCAUUAGGGGAUGUUCUGAAGUAGAGGACCUUAUGCAUUAUAUCUCGCACUGUCCGUUAUAUAAUGAUGCAAGAAAAAGAUUUUUGGUACCUAUAAUGACAGGGUCCCCUGGCCAGAACCCCCUUGACAUGAUGUUAUAUCUCCUUGCAGACACAGAUAAGUAUGUGACCUGGCGGGUAGCACUUUUUGCAACUGCUGCUAGGAAAAUUAGAGCAAAUUGUAUAGCCAAGGUAGCCAUUAACUGUAAAGGAGAUGAAUUUAUUUGAUCCCAUCUAUCUACCUCAGGCUAUGCUCUAUCUUUGUCACCAAACUGGAGUAUAAAUUGUACACUGUAUUAAUUGAUAUUGUUUUUAACAUUAGUGACCAUGUGAUGAUUUUAGCUUAUGAAUUUUAUUGUUUAAUGUUUUUAUUUGUACAUUGGGGUACUUUUAUAGCUUUGUUUAGAGUACGUAAUGUUUUAGUAAUAUAAAUGUUUUAAGUCUUUUUUUACCAAUUCAGUAUAUUUUCUUUUAAUUGUCAAAUAAUUCUGUGUACAUUGCGGCAGCCUUUGGCUAUGUGCAAUAUAACUGACUGAGACAACUCCCAUCAUCCUUAGCUAACAGGACCAGUGGUCAGGGAUGAUGGGAAUUGUAGUCCCAAAGCAGCUGGAGGGCUGAGUUUGGGGGUUCCUGCUUUGGACUAUAAUGCAACUUAAAUAGAACACUAUCUUUGGAAAGGGUUUCCUCCAAAAGCAUUUUCUAAAAAUCCUUUUUUUUUUUUUUUUUUAAAUCGAUUCAAAUCAACAAAAUUGAUUUAUAUAAAAAAAAUCCAAUUUAUAUAUAAAAAAACCCAGUUUAAAUUAAAAAAAGUUUUUUUAAAGAAUUGAUUUUUAUCCACCGUGGUGGGAUUUACUUCCACAAAAACAUGCAUGCAUGUUUUAAUUUAAAAGUCCAAUUUAAAUUUUAAAAAAUGCAAUCCCCCCCAUUUUUUAAAAUAAAAAACCCAUUGGUUUUUACCCACUCUGAUUCGUGGUGACCUCGCUAUGUGACUGGGUUAGAUGGCUCUCCUCUCUGAACUCGUGGUGCCUCCCUCUCCUUCCCAGGCUGUGAUGAGACGCUGGCUGCCGGCUGGGGAUGCACUGCUGCAGAUGAUCACCAUCCACCUGCCCUCUCCUGUCACCGCUCAGAAGUACCGCUGCGAGUUGCUGUAUGAAGGGCCCCCUGACGACGAAGCUGCCAUGGGUAGGUAGCCGCGCACCUGAAGUCGAGCAGGGUUCCCCAUCCCCAGGAAGAGGUUGACUCUAGUGAAGAAAGCGGCCUUACAGAAACGGUUGCAGUUUUUUCUUGUCCCCUAGAGCCUUUAAAUGGGACGCGGGUGGUGCUGUGGGUUAAACCACAGAGCCUAGGACUUGCCGAUCAGAAGAUCGGCGGUUCGAAUCCCCGCGACGGGGUGAGCUCCCGUUGCUUGGUCCCUGCUCCUGCCAACCUAGCAGUUCGAAAGCAUGUCAAAGUGGAAGUAGAUAAAUAGGUACCGCUCUGGUGGGAAGGUAAACGGCGUUUCCGUGCGCUGCUCUGGUUCGCCAGAAGCAGCUUAGUCAUGCUGGCCACAUGACCCGGAAGCUGUACGCCGGCUCCCUCGGCCAAUAAAGCGAGAUGUGUGCCGCAACCCCAGAGUCGGUCACGACUGGACCUAAUGGUCAGGGGUCCCUUUACCUUUAGAGCCUUUAAAUAGUUUUUUUUUUCCCUUUCCUCCCCCAGGAAUUAAGAACUGCGACCCCAAGGGCCCCCUGAUGAUGUACAUCUCCAAAAUGGUGCCGACCACUGACAAGGGCCGCUUCUAUGCCUUUGGGCGCGUCUUCUCGGGCAUUGUGUCCACCGGCCUGAAGUGCAGAAUUAUGGGACCAAACUACACCCCAGGCAAGAAGGAAGAUCUCUACCUGAAGCCAAUCCAGAGGUCCGUUUUUCAAAAAUCGCCGGGCUUUGCUUCCCGUCCCUGUCCGUAGGCUCGCGUGGGCUUUGGGUGGCAGGAAGUAGCAGCUGAAAAGAAUAUAGGAGUUCAAGAACAAAAUCCAACCUUAUCCAGCAAUUCUGUUCUGCAGAGCCCAGCUACAUGUAGCGCUAGAAAACAUAACCAGGCUGGGCAUGAGUGGGUUUAGCACACUUGCGAUUCCAAGGCCACCGCCUUAAGUGAGUGGAGAAGAGGAGAACUGAGUGAGAGCUCCCGCUUAAGGGAGGUGGCGCCGCCUCCGUGUGAGGGAGAGAACAUGCACACUGGCGAUCCACGUGGCAAUUCCCGGACUGUCCGUGGCCGGAUCCAGAAGGCAAUUGGGCCUGAUCCGGCUUGCAGGUCUUAGUUUGCCGGCCCGUGCUUUAGAUCAGGGGUCAGCAACCUUUUUCAGCCGUGGGCUGAUUCUUUUGAGGGGCCAGACUAUAUUUUUUUUGGGGGGGGGGAAACGAAUGAAUUCCUGUGCCCCACAAAUAAACCAGAGAUGCAUUUUAAAUAAAAGCACACAUUCUACACAUGUCAAAACACCAGGCAGGCCCCACAAAUAAGCCAGAGAUGCAUUUUAAAUAAAAGCACACAUUCUACUCAUGUAAAAACACGCUGAUACCCGGACCGUCCGUGGGCCGGAUUGAGAAGGCGAUUGGGCUGCAUCCGGCCUGCGGGCCUUAGGUUGCCUACCCCUGCUUUAGAUGUUCAUAACCUGUCCCUGGGGAGAGGGGGGAUGUGUCAAUAGUUUCCCCCUGGCAGUGGCUCAUUCCAAAAGAAUGCCAGUCCGCCCCCAGAGCAGACUUUCCAGCUCGCUCCCCCCCCCAAGCUGCUUUUGCUGUCCUGCACCUUCCCAGGGGACGCGGGUGGCGCUGUGGGUAAAACCUCAGUGCCUAGGACCUGCCGAUCGUAUGUUUGGCGGUUCAAAUCCCCGCGGCGGGGUGAGCUCCCGUCUUCGGUCCCUGCUCCUGCCCACCUAGCAGUUCGAAAGCACAAUUAAGUGCAAGUAGAUAAAUAGGUACAGCUUUAUAGUGGGAAGGUAAACGGCGUUUCCGUGUGCUGCGCUGGUGCUGGCUCGCCAGAGCAGCUUCGUCAUGUUGGCCACGUAACCCGGAAGUGUCUUCGGACAGCGCUGGCCCCCGGCCUCUUAAGUGAGAUGAGCGCACAACCCUAGAGUCGGACACGACUGGCCCGUACGGGCAGGGGUACCUUUACCUUUACCUUCCCACCACUUCUCCACAAUUUCCCCCCCCCAUUCCCCACCCUUUCCCCUCCUUCCGAAUGUCUCAACAAAUGAAAAUGAUUUGUAAAAAAUGCUACUUGGAGAGGAGAGAGAGACAUUGCACCUACUUUUGUAAAUUAAGAAAAUCUUUUUUUCUUAAAUCUAGAACCAUUCUCAUGAUGGGCCGCUACGUGGAGCCCAUCGAGGACGUGCCUUGCGGCAACAUCGUGGGGCUGGUUGGCGUCGACCAGUUCCUGGUCAAGACGGGCACCAUCACCACCUUUGAGCACGCCCACAACCUGCGCGUCAUGAAGUUCAGCGUCAGCCCCGUGGUGCGUGUCGCCGUGGAAGCCAAGAACCCAGCCGACCUGCCCAAGCUGGUGGAGGGGCUGAAGAGGCUGGCCAAGUCUGACCCCAUGGUGCAGGUAAGCCGGGGUGGCUAGCCUGCGUAGAAAACCCAUUGAGGCCUUUUUUUUUUUUUUAAUUAAUAUUUAUUAUUCAGAAAUAAUAAAAUCACAUUAAUAAACAAGAAAAUUUUUAACAAAAACAGAGAAAAAUACACCAUACAAAAUAGAAAAAAGUAACAAAAGAAAAAACAGUUAAAAAUAGUUCCGUCUUUCCAUAACUUCUUUUACAUUUACUUGUUUCCCGGACUUCCUCAUACCUCCCUCUUUUGUAUUCCAAUUCAGUUUGUAAGCCCAGCAAUUUCUUUCCCUCCUUUUUAAUUCCAGUCCUAAAUCUUAAUAUAUUAUGACAUUAGAUUUUUACCUAUUUAGAACCAAUUUUUCCAUUUCUCUUAACCUUUUUGAUCCUAAUCCUUAAUCUUGAUAUAUUUAUAGCUUUAAAACCUGUACAGCUAGAAGCCACUUAACUUCAAUCCAACAUCACUCUAACAUUCAUUAAUUUUGCAGUGUUUCUGUAAAUAAUCUUUGAAUUUCUUCCAAUCUUCUUCCACCAACUCUUCUCCCUGGUCACGGAUUCCGCCAGUCAUUUCCGCCAAUUCCAUGUAGUCCAUCAUUUUCAUCUGCCACCCACCGAGGCCUUCAAAGGGUUUUUAGGUGUGGGAGAUGACAGGGGGGCAGCACAUUGUGGUUUGGGGAUGGGGGACGCUUCUCGGUUUGGGCUGGGCCUCAUUUCUGUUUCAUUCCUUUCACUCUUCCCCAUCUUCCAGUGUAUCAUUGAGGAGUCUGGGGAGCACAUCAUAGCUGGCGCUGGGGAACUGCAUCUGGAGAUCUGCCUGAAGGAUCUUGAGGAGGACCAUGCCUGCAUUCCAAUUAAGGUACCGUAUUUUUCGUGACUGGCAUCCACUGAUUUUUCAAUUCAUGCUCGUCAAACCAACCCAUUGAUUUCAUUUGCUCUGCUCUGAAUAUGGCUUAAGUCAGGUACAACCCCAAGUAUUGCAUUAAAAAUAAAUACCGUAUUUUUCGCCCUAUAGGGCACACUGCCCUAUAGGACACACCUAGUUUUUUGGGGGGGAAAUAAAGGGGAAAAAAAUUAUCCCCCCCCUCCAGGCGCAGGGCUGGCGCGGGGGAAGCCCGAGCUUCCCCAGCCCCCAGAACAGCCUGCUAUCCGCAAGCCUACGGAGCCCGGCGGGAAGUCGUGCCGAUCUCCCCAGGCUUGCGCAGAGCUUCCUGAAGCCUGGAGAGCGAGAGGGGUCGGUGCGCACCAACCCCUCUCGCUCUCCAGGCUUCAGAGAAAGCCUACAUUCGCUCCAUAGGACGCACACACAUUUCCCCUUCAUUUUUGGAGGGGGGAAAGUGUGUCCUAUAGGGCGAAAAACACGGUAAUUGCACCACGUGACAAGUCUCGAGCCCGGUCUUGGUGGCUCUAAGACACUGGCAAGCAGGACCCGACCAUAAGAGCACUCUCACCCUCCCUUGGUUCCCAGCAAGUGGUAUUCAGGAGCAUUACUAGAAUGAAUAAUAAUAAUAAUAAUUAAUAAUUUAUUAUUUAUACCCUGCCCAUCUGGCUGGGUUUCCCCAGCCACUCUGGGUGGCUUCCAACAAAAUAAUAAAAUACAAUAGUCUGUCAAACAUUAAAAGCCUCCCUAAGCAGGACUGCCUUCAGAUGUCUUCUAUAUAGAAUAAGAGGCCAAGGAGAGCGUAUGUUUAGAGAAGAUUGGAAAACGUUUUUUGAAUAUACGCGGUCAAAAUUGUGUACACUUGAAAACGCUGUCAGCAUUGAGAUAAAUUCAACUGUGUCAAAAAGUUUUGAUGGAUGCAAUAAUGGAAUACUGAAUGGCAUAGCUUUUGUAAAAUAUGCAGGGAUUUAUAAACCGUGAAAAGAGAAGAAGGGAAGUCAUUGAUCUCUUAAGGAUGUAAAAAAAUGGGUAUUCCAAAUUGUAAAACAGAAAAUUAAUUAAAAAAUUAUAAUAAAUAAAAACAAAGCCAUUGCUACAGACUAUCUGAAGGCAAUGUACAAGAUGCAAUAAAGACAGUCCGCAUUGGCUUUGAACCGGCUAGGGACUUAAAAAUUAUUAAUAUUUAAUCUUUCUGGCAGAAAUCCGACCCAGUGGUCUCUUACCGCGAGACGGUCAGCGAGGAGUCGAGUGUUCUGUGCCUUUCCAAGUCUCCCAACAAGCACAACCGCCUGUACAUGAAAGCCCGCCCUUUCCCCGACGGCCUGGCUGAGGACAUCGACAAAGGCGACGUCUCGGCCCGCCAGGAGCUGAAGACACGGGCCCGUUACCUGGCCGAGAAGUAUGAGUGGGACGUGGCCGAGGCCCGCAAGAUCUGGUGCUUCGGCCCGGACGGCACUGGCCCCAACAUCCUGACAGACAUCACCAAGGGUGUGCAGUACCUCAACGAAAUCAAGGACAGCGUUGUGGCAGGCUUCCAGUGGGCCACGAAGGAGGUAAGCAAGAGUGGGCGCCCCUUAUCGCAGGGCGGUGGGCUGUCUGCGUCCUGCCUUCUUGGAACGGAGCAGAGACUUGCUGCAGUUUCCGAAUACUGUAAUAAUUUAUUGCUUGCACCCCGCUCAUCUGGCUAGGUUUCCAACAAAAUAGUAAAAUACAAUAGUCGGUCAAACAUUAAAAGCUUCCCUAAACAGGUCUGCCUUCAGAUGUCUUCGAAAAGUCUGGUAGUUGUUUUCCUCUUUGACAUCUGGUGGGAGGGCGUUCCACAGGCCCUCUGCCUGGUUCCCUGUAACUUUUGAGUGCUUUAUCACUUCAGCCCCUCAAGGCUGUGUUCCAGCUUUAAGAAGUUGAAUCAGCCUGAUAUGUGAUUUCCUCUUGCCCCUCCCCCUGAGUUGCGAAGGGGCGUCCUUUUCAGGUGUUCACUUUUCCUUACUGUGUUUUGCUUGCCUGCGUUUCUCCUCCUUGAUCGAGGGGGGUGGGGGUGUCGUCUCCAAAUUCCCCUUCCCCCUGCUGGGUGCUCUGUCCGUUCCCCCUCUGAGGGCAUGGGUACUGCCAUGAGACUUUCAACCUCCGGGUCAUAGGUUCUGGUCCCACAUAGGGGGAAAGAUUCCUGCAUUGCAAGAGGUUGGACCAGAUGACCUCUGGGAUCCCUUCCGAUUCCAUGGGACGACUCUACUGCGGGGCAGGGAUGGAAAGGGAAUCGACGGAUAUUUGCAUCUCCCCUGUUUCUAGUCUCCAAUUCUCUCUUUUUAUAUAUACCGUAUUUUUCGCACCAUAAGACGCACCUAGUUUUUGGUGGAGGAAAACACGAAAAAAAAUAUUCUGAAUCUCAGAAGCCAGAACAGCAAGAGGGAUUGCUGCGCAGUGAAAGCAGCGAUCCAUCUUCCUGUUCUGGCUUCUGGGAUAGCUGUGCAGCCUGCAUUCGCUCCAUAAGACGCACACACAUUUCCCCUUACUUUUUAGGAGGGGAAAGCGAGUCUUAUAGAGCAAAAAAUACAGUAAUAAUCUUCAUUAGUUUUCAAUUACAAUAACCCAGUAAUAGCCUCAUUAUACCUACGCCAAAUUAUAUACAAUUGCUAAUUCCAAUUAUUCAGAUGCCAAAUUAAAUAAUUUAGGUGGCCCUCCCGUGUGCUAGAAUUGAUGGUUUGAUUAUUUGCUUUAUUUCUGCGUUCCAAAAUCUUACCCAUCUCAAUUACACUCCAGUUAAAAUAACAGCCCCUUAUACAACAACUGCAGUACUAACGACAUCUAUUCAUAGUGACAUGUUAAAUGAUUUAUAACCUGCAGGUGAAGCAUUCAAGCUAUAUCCUCAUCCCUCCUGUGUGUGACAGUUAUUCUGUCCAUGAUGUUCCUUCCUUUCCUUGUAAAAUAUUAUGCCUAUCCUUUCUCAGUUGUUGCUGCUCUCCGUCAUAUCUAGACUCCGAUUCUCUGCCCCUUAGUAGAUCACGCUCUUCCCAUCCUCUGGUCCCCCUGGGCGACUCCUCCUCCUCCUCCUGGCUCUGACAGUUUGCAGGAAGAAGGCUGACCAUAAGCUGAAGGAGGCAUUGGCCCUACCUUUGCUUCUUGCCUGCUAUGGCAGAGUGCUUAAUGGCAUUUUAAAAAAACUACGCUUCAGAGAGGAAGGACAGAAAAGUUGGGUUGAGUGCAAACUAGAAAAUGAUUUUCUCUCCCACCCCCAACCCCUCUCUUUUCUCCAGGGUGCCCUUUGCGAGGAAAACAUGCGCGCCGUCCGCUUUGACGUGCACGACGUGACCCUGCAUGCGGACGCCAUCCACCGCGGAGGUGGCCAAAUCAUUCCCACGGCCAGAAGGUGCCUCUAUGCCUGCGUGUUGACGGCUCAGCCCCGCCUCAUGGAGCCCAUCUACCUUGUGGAGAUCCAGGUGGGUAACUGGAGGCAGGCUGUGUUCUUCAGAGGCGGCGGCAGCCCACUGGCUUGACUCUGUGCAGUGCUGUAACGUAUACCCACUUUCUUCCCCUUCCAGUGCCCAGAACAGGUUGUGGGUGGCAUCUAUGGCGUGCUGAACAGGAAGCGGGGGCACGUCUUUGAGGAGUCCCAGGUGGCCGGCACCCCCAUGUUUGUGGUCAAGGCCUAUCUCCCUGUCAACGAGUCCUUUGGUAAGUGACAGCUUUUAUCAGCCUCCCUUGGCAUUUGCAUCUUCCAGGUAACCUUUGUCAGCAGCUGGAGGUGUGAAGGAUCGAUCAGAGGUUGUCUCCCAGGCUAAUCUGAGAUGGCCGCUACAAAGUUGAGUGGGUCUUGCCCUGGUAGCAGACUUCUGUCCCUCUUAAGUACGUUUCUGAGCACAAUUCAAAGUGUUGGUACUGACCUUUAAAGCCCUAAAUGGCCCAUUAUACCUGAAGGAACGUCUCCACCCCCAUUGUUCAGCUUGGACUCUGAGGGCCUUCUCGGUAGCAGCGCCCUCCCCGUGGAACGCCUUCCUAUCAGAUGUCAAGGAAAUAAACAACUAUCUGACUUUUAGAAGACAUCUGAAGGCAACCCUGUUUAGGGAAGUUUUCAAUGUUUGAUGUUUUCUUGUGCUUUUAAUAUUCUGUUGGGAGCCGCCCAGAGUGGCUGGGGAAACUCAGCCAGACAGGUUGGGUAUAAAUUAAUAAAUUAUUACUAAUAUUAUUUAUUAAGGUAGAUGCCUCCAGGAUGCUGCUUUUAGCUAAGACAAGGAGCUGGUUGUGGGGUGUGUGGGUAAACUUGAACACCUGUAUUUCUGUCUUACAGUUUUGUUUGCUUUAUAGUAUAAACUCUUCUCUCUCCCUCUCUCUUCACAGGCUUCACUGCUGACUUGAGAUCCAACACAGGUGGCCAGGCUUUCCCCCAGUGUGUGUUUGACCACUGGCAGAUCCUGCCCGGAGACCCGUUCGACAACACCAGCCGCCCCUGCCAGGUGGUCGCUGAGACCCGCAAGCGCAAAGGGCUGAAGGAGGGCAUUCCCGCACUAGAUAACUUCCUGGACAAAUUGUAAAAACCAAUCAACCGAGCAGAAUUAAAAAUGCAACACCAGAUGUAAAAGAAUAAAUUUAAAAAUGUAUGUUGUGGGACUCCAAAUUUAACUUGCAUAAUAACAUCAGUGCCGCAGGUGUCUUGCAAAAGGCAUUGGGCCACUUCCUUGCUUGAUCUUCCGUCUCGGGGCAGAUUUUAAAAAAGAGCCGUGUCUGCAUUCAGCCUUAGAGGUUCCAGGCCGUCUGCACACGAACUAGCGGGGCCGCUCACCCAGUGCCAUUAUAACUUCCAAAAAUACAUUUCCAUUUGAUGCAACUGAAACGUUGCCCGUCUCCAUAUUUAUUUGACGCUCGGAGCCAAGUGAAGGGGGGUUUUUUUCCUCCCUUGGUUUGCAGGUUGGGGAGGACAGGCAAACUUCCGAAAAGAAAAGGGUGCGUGAAAUUUCAUUCCAUACUCAGAUACUGGAUUCGAUGGGGAGGAGGGGGGCAGUCUGGAGGAAUUUUCUUUUAGGAUUGGGAGAGAAAAGUGGGGGGGGGAGGCUUUUCUAGUUGGGCAAAAGCUAGAAGGCCCGCAGCCUCUCUGCUAAAUGGGUGUCAUUGUGCAAAUCAAUGUAUUAGUACCACUGGAAUAAUAAAUUUAAUAAGACGAGGC